GCCAAGAUCGGGUACAUAGCGGGCCCAGCGACCGCAGCCGUGGUUCCGUCGCUCAGUGCGCCUUUAUACACCUUCCGCGAUGGUCAACUACAAGAGAAUCGUUUGCGAGGUGGCCGUGCUCAUCACGCUGCUCAACCUCGCCUCAUCCGCUCCUGUAGACUUCAAAGAUGGCUAUGGGCAACAUUACGACCAGCGGCAAAAUGGAACAGAAAAUUAUCGACUAAAUAUCGACGGUGUCGUAUUUGCUUUUGCACCUGCAGAAUCUUUAUUGGCCGCCGCUUCUGAAAUUGAUUUCAAUGACAUGUUCGAUUUGGAGGAUUUGAAUGAGCUCAAGCCAAAACCACCUGCUGAACACAAGCCACCAAAACCGAUUCUCGCACCAAAGCCGCAGGAAGGAAAACCGGAAUCUGAUAAACCAGAGGAGCCGUUGAGUGACGUAUCACUUAAUUCGGACGUUCAAGGCCAGAAAAAGGAGGCGACUAACAUCAAAAAGGAGAAAGCGCAAAGGUUGAAGAAUCGUCUAGCUCAUAUCCUCAUGCCUCUUCUGAGAAGAAACCGUCAUCAUUGAAAUGCUGAUUUACAUUCUUCAUCAUUAACAUAACCAUCAUCAUCAUCAUCAACUUGUACGAGUCUCAAUGCUGGAUACAGGUAUUUUCUAAUGUUUAAAAAUAGUUGAACCCGUGGAGGUAAAUGUCAAGAACAGUAGGUUAUUGAGUGAUAAAUGCAUUUAUUGUAUUAG